CUGGUCUUGUCUCUUGUCGGCUGUUUCGUCGCUUCUUCCCCCUUUUCUCAUUUCUCGAUCUCUCCUUCGAAAUCCGUACUGUUCCAGACUCCUAAACCCCCGCGGCAACGAACCCCCCCCCCUCUCAGCGCCAUGGCGGAUCAGUUUAAGGCCCGGACGUUGAAACGAAAGAACGUCAAAGGCCUCGCCCUCAAUGCGGCCCCCAAGGCGACUUCCAACACUUCCGAUGGUGAUGCCCAGGUCCCAGGCGCCAUUGGAAAUGUCGACAGUGACCGCACAGAUACCCUAGAGAUUGGGCUGGAAUUCCGGUUGGAUCUGCGGAGUGAGGACUUGGUGACGCUGAAGGAGCUCGGUGCUGGUAAUGGCGGUACUGUCUCCAAAGUAAUGCACGCGUCGACAAAAGUUGUGAUGGCUCGAAAGGUCAUCCGUGUCGACGCCAAAGAGAACGUGCGGAAACAGAUUCUACGAGAACUGCGGGUUGGGCACGAAUGUAAUUCGCCUAAUAUUGUGACCUUCUACGGCGCCUUCCAGAAUGAGGCCGGAGAUAUUGUCAUGUGUAUGGAAUAUAUGGAUUGCGGAUCCCUUGAUCGCAUCUCCAAGGAUUUCGGCCCCAUCCGAGUGGAUGUCCUGGGUAAGAUCACCGAGUCGGUACUUGCUGGUCUUGUCUACCUAUAUGAAACCCACCGCAUUAUGCAUCGUGAUAUCAAACCAUCCAACGUCGUGGUCAACUCGCGCGGUCAAAUCAAGCUUUGCGAUUUCGGCGUUGCAAGCGAGACGGCCGUCAAUUCUAUCGCCGAUACCUUUGUCGGUACUUCAACUUACAUGGCCCCUGAGCGUAUUCAGGGAGGUGCCUAUACGGUCCGCUCGGAUGUGUGGAGUGUGGGUUUGACAGUUAUGGAGUUGGCCGUCGGAAGGUUCCCCUUUGAUACUUCCGACUCCGCCGCAGGAGACCGGGCCAGCGCCGGUCCCAUGGGUAUAUUGGAUCUGCUCCAGCAGAUUGUUCACGAGUCUGCCCCGAAGUUGCCUAAGAGCGAUGCUUUCCCACCCAUUCUACAUGACUUUGUCGGCAAGUGUCUGUUGAAGAAGCCAGAGGAACGACCAACACCACGAGAGCUCUACGACAAGGAUGCCUUCUUGCAAGCAGCCAAGCGCACCCCGGUAGACCUACAAGAAUGGGCCAUCAGCAUGAUGGAGCGACACAACCGCAAGUCCUACCUGGCACCCCCAGCUCCGAAGUCGCUCAAGGAUACCACCAACUCCAUAUCACAUUCCUCGUCAUCACCGGCACCCAUAGCCUCCCCUCCUGCGCCAACUCCCAAACCCGCCCCGAUCAGCAAAUCCUCGCGAACCCCGCAACUGCAAUCACACCCGCAAGCGCAAUCGCCAUACCACCCCUCUUCAGGCGAUAUCCCCCUGAACAUCGCCAACGACUUCCCAACUCCGAACCGCCACUACGCCUCCCAGGCCCAGGCCCAGUCCCAGGCUCAAUACUCCUACUACCCUACCUCCACCUCCACCUCCAACUCCCGUUCCACGCAGUCUCCCCCUCCCCCAUCCCUGGAGCACCUCUCCCUCGAAACAAAGGACGACGAAGCCCGAUACGGCCGUCGCCCAAUGCGCCACCUUGGCGAUCCCAUUUCCGCCGUCGAAGCUCCAUCCCGCCCGUUCAUGAGCCCGCGCUCUGUAAGCUCGCACAACGCCAAGUCUCGCACAAACUUGACCCCAAAUGCCCUGCCUAUCCGAUCUGUUCCUCCACCAACACAAGCACCUCCCCCUCCACCCGUUUCGGCGGGUGGAAGUUGGCGCGGUUACUCUGGUCAGACACCUUCAUCUUGAGAUGGGGGAUAGUUCGGAAUGAGAAAAUGAUGUUGACAUGAAACGAAGAUUUUCUCCUUGAAUGGUGAUGAUUUGAUCAGAAUGGGGUUUGCAUAUGCACAUGAUUUUUGCUGGGCCUUCUCAUUGGCUAUUUCCCUCUGAUGUCCCGAGACAAGAUUUUGUCUAGUCUGUCUGGACAUUUCCACCUUCUGGUCUGUAGCGAAUCUGUUUGAUCUUCUGAUCCCUGGAAAUUGGGCAUGGAAUCGCAAAGCUUAGCACAUUCCCACCCCCUUCCCUCCCCACCCCUCUACAUUUGAACUUCAUAUCAUUCU